AGAAUCUUUUGUAUUCAUAAACAUUUGAAUCCAAAAUCUUACUUAAACAGAAUUAUACAUAAAUGAUGUAGGUACAAAAAGCUCUCCUAAACAACAUAGUGACACUCCUGGCUUGUCCUCUCACACUCUCUCACUGUCAGUCCACGCGCUUCUUCACAAAGUUGGAAACUCUUGCUUUUCAAAACUCAAUCUGGUUUCUCAUUUUGAUCACUUGGAAAGUGAUUCUGGAACUGGGUUUGUUCACUGUUGUUGCAAUGGCUGAGCAGAAGGAUGCUUUCUUCGUUGUAACGAAAGGGGAUGUUGUUGGCAUCUACAAGUCUUUCAGUGACAUCCAACCUCUACUUUCAUCUUCUGUACCUGGUGAGACUCUGAAUAUUUACAAAGGGUUCUCUUUACCUCAGAAAACUCAGGAGUACCUUGACUCACAUGGGCUUAAGGGAGCCUCUUAUUCUCUCAGUGCUGCUGAUGUGCAUGAGGGGCUUUUUGGAAGAAUAGAUGCUUGCCCUUAUCAGCAUCCAAGUUCUUCUCAAAGAAGAGCUUUUGACGGGAAUUCCUCAUCAAAGAGCUUGCAAAGAGCCAUUCAGUCUGAUAAUAGCCUUUCAUGUAUCCUUGAGUUUGAUGGUGCUUCCAAAGGAAAUCCUGGACCUUCCGGGGCAGGAGCUGUCCUGCGUGCUGAAGAUGGGAGCAAGGUCUAUCGGUUGCGUGAAGGAGUGGGCCAUCAAACAAAUAAUGUUGCUGAAUAUCGAGCUUUAAUUUUAGGAUUGAGACAUGCCAUUAAGAAAGGAUAUAAGCACAUUCGUGUCCAAGGAGACUCCCUGCUUGUCUGCAAUCAGAUUCAGGGUUUAUGGAAAAUAAAAAACCAGAAUAUGGCUUACUUAUGUAAUGAGGCCAAGGAGCUGAAGGCAAGGUUUCUGUCAUUCAAGAUCAAUCAUGUUCUUAGGGAAUAUAACUCUGAAGCUGAUGUUCAAGCAAACCUUGCCAUAAAUCUAAAAGCUGGUCAAGUUGAAGAAGAUUGUCAGCUGCUUUAAAUGCUCGACUAGAAGUGUGGCUUGUGCCUUUGCUUUCAUCUUUUGGAAAUUAUGGUAUAUUUCUGCUGUAGUAAAGAAGGGUUCUAUUUUUCUCAUGUUGUAGGAGAUAAGUAUCUCCUACUAUAGAUACAUAAUAUGGUAGAGCCCACCAUCCAUUAAAAAAAGAAAAAAGAAAAAAUGAUGUCAUAACUUUUUAUGUGAGAGAAACAUGAGAUAGUUAUCUCAUGUAAAAUGAGACAAUUAUUUCCCAAUAAAGAAGCCAGUUAAAUUUCACAAUUUAUAUAUGUGUGUGUGUGUGACAUUUCUUGUAUAGGCAGUGUCUAAGGUAUGCCAUGCCUGAAUAGUGUGUUAAGUAAGAGGUAUGUUACUUGAAGUCUCAUAUUGGAAAUAUUAGAUUCUGGCAUAGGAUUUAUAUAAAC